UUCCCGAUACGCACCGGGCACCGGAAGCGCGCUCGGCGUGUUUCACAGCGUGCGCAAGCCGCAUUGUCUCGUCGGCGAGCGCGCCGCCGCGCGUUUGAUCAACCGCGGCGCUCGACGAAUCGUACGAAUUAAUAACAGGUCGCAGCCGCCUUCGAAGCGUCGAGCUUCUCUGUCGUUUGGCCCGGCUUUUUUUUGUUGUUGAUCUCGAUGCGGCGGCGCUGAGCCGCGUGUUGGGAGGAAGCGGUGGUGGGGUGGGGGGGGAGUCUCUGUGUCCCCCCUGGCGGGGGUUGUGGGUUAUGGACCAGCUCGGGCACGACAACUGGGACCAAUGUCUAUCGGCAGCAACCACUGUUUAUCAUUACGAUUACUACCUCAACUGCUGCUGCUGAUGUUGCUACGACAACGCUCUUCGCUCCGCAGGACCAGUGCUCACGGGGCCAGGUCUGUCCCACUGGUCCACCGCACCUCAAUGAUCCAGGGAAUCUGGGAGACACUGGGCGUAGGUGAAGACCAUGGUUGCGACAUGAGAUGACUUCUGGUCUUCUGGAAGCCAUUUCAGUCCUCAAACCCCCACAAGCAUCACAAUAAUGGAUUUACUUGAGUGUGGUGGCAAUAGCAGUAGCGAGAGCAGCAGCAGGGUCGUGUCUCCUACGAGCUCGAUGAUCCCCCCUCCCACCUGCCUGCUGCAGGGCAUGGCGGGGGUGGUGGGGGCAGCGCAGGAAAUACAGCAGGAUGCCAUUAGUCCAGCUUUGAGCCCCUGGAAGCGCAAGGAGGCACGAGGCAUGGCCUACACGAUCCGCUCGUGUGGCUUCCAAGUGACGCUCGACAACCGAGAGGUGUGGGAGCGUUUCCACUCGUGGGGAACUGAAAUGAUCCUCACCAAGACCGGGCGCCGCAUGUUCCCGUACUGCCGCUAUAAGGUCCGUGGCUUGGAUCCUCAAAGCUGCUACCUGAUGGCAAUUGACGUCGUGCCGGUGGACGGACACCGCUACCGCUGGGGUGAGGGCUGCUGGAUGCCAAUAGAACGGGGAAAGCCACAGAUUCCUGACAGCGUCUACGUGCACCAGGAGGGUGUCGCGCCUGGCUCCUUUUGGAUGUACGAGAGCAUCUCGUUUUCAGAGGUGAAGCUGACGAACACCGCUUUGGGUCAGGACGGGGUGAUCUCCCUCAUCCCCAUGUUUAAGUACGUGACGCGCUUCCACAUCAUCCGGGCCAACAAGGUGCCACGCCACCUGCGACUGGACGCGGACAACGUGCACACCUUCAUCUUCCCGCAGACAGAGUUCUUUGCCGUCACCGCCUACCAAAACACGGCCAUCACCCACCUCAAGAUAAGCCACAGUCCCCUUGCUUGGAGCGCCGAGCCAAAGUCAGACGCGUUGAACCAGGAUGAGGAGGGAGGCGGCGAUGGCAGUGGCAGGGCGCUCAACUCCCAGCAGGGCGCGAGGGAGAGAGUCUCGCUGGGCUCGUCGGGGAAGAGGGAUCACGCUUGCAUGGUUGGGACUAAUGACCGUUCAUAUGAUGCCAGCCGAGGAGAUGGAUCUGUUGGGAUGUUGGAAGAAGAUGUGCUGUCUGAUAAGUCAACGAAUGGAGAUGGUGUAAAAAGGAAUAAGUCGAAGCGAGACGACAAUUCCAAUGGAUGUAAGGAUCAAAACACUUUGUUUGACAUCAGAAAAGUCAAAGACGAACCUAAUGACACCUGGCAGGAGUUGGUGGAAAAUGUUGACCCUCCCUCCAGUCUGGGAGGGAAAGGAGAGUCCCAAGUUGUUCUCCAGAAUAUCUCUUUGAGUGAUUGUUUAUUGCCUGCUGGGAACAGCACAUGCAAGUCAAAUCUCAUUAGUAAGGUGGAAUCUGCUCGUGCAGGAGCCAUGAUUGUGCCUACAUCGGUGGAGCAGGGCAAGGAUCCCAAGUGCCCUACUUCUCAUCAUCCUCUGAACCAAAAUCUGUUUCCCGUUGUGCGCUUGAAGCAGUGUAACAUAUCAAAGCCCACAGUCAAGCUUGGUGAACUGCCAGCCUCCGUCUUGUACUCGUACAGCAUUCCGCAGAUUUCUCUCUCGCGAUCCGCAUGUGGCGACCGACCGUUGAUCGUGCUGGUGAGCGAAAGUCCGCCACACUGGUCUGAGCCAACGGACGAUGUAAAACCCAGCAAACUGUGUUUGUCAGAGGGUAAUGGAGCUGAUGUGUCAGAUGUUGAGGAAAGACCCGGAAAGAGCCCUUUGCCAAUACAACCACUUCCGACAAUUCCUCAUUUGAAUAACGAGGCAUUUUCUGGCGAUGCCAUGGAUGUAACCCCCGAAGACGUGAAGCCGACGCGGUCGGAAUUGGAUUUGAGGUUGCUGAAUCUGACGUCCGUGCCGAAGGAUGAUGCCAAGGAGACAACAGAACACCCGGACGCCCCUAGGGGAGAGUACGUGAGCGAGAAGGGCAGCGUGCUGCCAGCGCUCAAGAUCGGGCACACGGGGUUCUCCUCGUGGGUGUGGACCCCGCCCAAGGAAGGCAACGCGCCGGCUUUUCAACUUCCGCCGCCCUCCUUCUCGUCGGUGUCGUCGCGCUCGGGCUCCCUUUGCUCUCGCUCGAGAACACCUUCCCCGACGCCGGGCUCGAGCCAGCCCCGGGGCCGCAGGGUGGCACCGCGUGGACUGGCCUGGGAGGCCCCCACUCAACGUGCCGACGCCGCCGCUACCGCCACCCACCACGAUCCUCGCAUGGAACACCAAGCCGACAGAGUUGAUGUCGGAGGAGUGUCCUUCUUCUCCUUCUCCAACAAGGAGGCUAUGUUGGCUCAUCGGAACAUGGAGCAAGAAAAAUUGGAAACCCUUCGUUUGUCCCCAACAUUAAGCGACAACAGUGCAGAUCAUGCCUCAACCGGGAGAGCACAAGAAAGAAUUCAGAGGCUGCAAGAUAGGCUUCAGUCUGCGCUCAGCCAGUUCCAGAAAAGCAAAGGGAAUGACGAGUCAGGUGCUGAUCCAAGGUUUGUCUCUCGAACUGGAAAGACGAAUGACGUGACGAAGAUUAAAGGGUGGCAGCACAAGUUUGGGCUACAGGCCCCAGCGUCAUCCAGUGGCAGUGCCCCAGACAUGAACACGCUGGGCAAAAACCGUUCAGUCUUUUUGAGUGACAAGCUGGACGAGUAUCUGCAGGAGGAAGAGAAACUGCUGGAACAGAGGCCGAACAUGUACGCCAGCAAGGCAGCCGGUGUCACCUUCCAGACGCCACGCACGGGCAGCACGUACGUGCGCACCCUAGACAGCGUGCUACGCCGCCGUGCGGGCCCAGCACGGUCCGCCGGGGAGAGAGAGGCAUUUGCUCAGACCUGCGCCACGUCUCCGCCGCCGCCGCCGCCAUUGCCACUGUCAGGUGUGACGCAAAAACGUGGCGCGCUGGCUGGCCGGGGCAAAAUUUCGACAGCGGCGUUGAGAGCGACACAAAAGUCUUUCAAGCGCGGGACCCGCGGAAAGCGCUGCAGCAGGGGCGGCAGGUACGGCAGCAGGGGCGGCAAGUAUGGUGGCCGGGCAGAAGUGGUGGCGACUGCCGCUCCCCUCGCUAGUCCGAAAAAGGUGACGCUACCCUCGUCGCCACCGCUUACGCCUCCUUCGCUGAAGCCAGCUCGGUCGUGUCCUGUCAGUGGGGCAGCGCUUGUGAAGAAUGCCAACAGCCGCAAUGUGAACACCAUGCUGCUUGCUCUGGAGGAGUUGGCCUUGUUGGAUGGGAAGCACCGCACGUAUAUCACCACCGAUCGGGCAGAGCGCUCCAUCACUACCCUGCUUACCCCACAGAUGACCGCGACAGGCAUGAAAAAGCUGUCCGUGCGUUUUGCGGCAGCCACAACGUCGACGUCACACAGCAGCAGCCCAUCAUCAACACCUGCGGCCAGCGGUCGUUGCCAGAAAGAAUUCUGCCGGCUGGGCUGCGUGUGCGAUAGCCUGGGUGAGGGCCGCGCCGUGCCGGCACACUGCGGCAGACCCGAGUGCAUGCUGGAGUGCAGUUGCCCUCCCCAGGCGCGACGCCAGGCAGGCUUAACAAUGAGCAAGCAGAGUGGCAUUGCAGAUAGCACCGAACCCGAGGACGAGUCGUUUGGCCGACACAAGCGCAGGAAGAGGCUGCCGACGAGGCUGAGUGGCACCCACGUUUUCUACGAUGACGUCGCGUCAGAUUGCUACGCCUUCUGGAAGCUUACAGGCCGAAAAGGGCACAAAAGGAAAUUGGAAGGACUCGAAGAUUCGGAAAUCCACAAGAAGCGGAUUGCACUUUGGUCAGAUAUGGACAAAUCUACCCAGGGGAAUGCGGAUAGUGCAAGUUCGAAUGAUAUUCCUGCUACAGAGGCUCAGUCUUCUAAAACUGAGCUGCCUCCUACAUCCAAUGAGAUCAAGGCACAGAUGCGGGAUGAGUUGAUGGCCUGGGCUCUGGAAGAUGGGUACACGUGUGCUCGUGUGCGGGAAUAUGGACCGAGCAAGCGGUCCAAGGCAAACCUACAGUGCACCUGUGGGAAACCCCACUGCACAGAGAAGGGUCCAAGUAAGUCCAAUGGCAAAUUCAAUAAAGAAUUCAAAGGGAUCAUACCAAAGGAAGAAAAGUUGGAAAAACAAAGCUCUACACUGCCAAAGGCAUCUAAAAAAGAAACGACUGGCAGCUCAAGCUCAGGCGGUGCAUUGCGCCCGCCAGUGCCUCCUAUCCAGACUGGCUCUGUGAGCUUCAUACAAGCCAAUGCUUUGACCCCGCUUACAGUGGCAUGGAACGUUGUACCCCCGAUCACUCCAGUGAUUACGCCCUUGAAGCAACAGAUGCAUCCAAGUGGCUUGCCACAGUCCAAGCUCAUCGAGAUCGUGUCGAACUGCAACUGGGAAGCAGAGCGCACUCGCGUGCUCAGCGCCAUUGCAGAAUACUCCGGUGGGCAGAGCAGUGGUGACGUAACCACCGUGCAGUUGGGAGACUUGCAACUGGAGAUCUCGCACUUGGACAACAAGGAGCGUUUUAAGGAGAAGCGCGAUCCAUCGAUGACAGUUUCAUACUUGUCGGGCCUCCCAUCUCAUAUGUGUUGCUCCAGGGUUAAGAUCAUCUACAACCCCAAGUUGUCAUCAGCGUCUUCUCCAUCCAAGCAGCGGGCGGCAGUGGCUUCGGUCCGAAGCUCCAACAGUGGCGACAAUGCUUCAGAGGAGCAGUGCCAACAGCAGAAUGAGCUACAGCUGAAUUGGUUGCAGUCCCAACAAAGUUCUCCGCCACUAGAGCAGCAAAGCCUGCAACCGCAGCAGCUGCAGAAGCAGCUUUUGCAGGCACUAAAUCAAUCGGAAGAGCACGUGCAGAAUGAAAUACAGAAUUCUGAGAAGGAGCUGGAUCUUAAUCAGCAGGAACAGACUCAACCACACGAGGCUAAGAAGCAACCAGAUGAACGGCUAGAGAACGAACAGCAGCAACCACAGGGUGUACAAUGUCAUUCAGAGCUACAACAACAGAAUGAGCAGCCAGAGCAUGAGCCACAAAAUCGGAUGCAAUCUCAUCCUCUACAUCAUCAAGAACAACGACUGGAAGAUAAGCCAAAGCAGCAGCAGCAGCAAAGUCAGCCACAGCAGAAUAAACAACAACUAAAUCAGGUGCUGCUUCUGCUUCCAAAGCAGCAACAAAAAAAUGAACAGCAACAGAAUCUUGUACAGCCACAGGUUGAAUGCAAACAGGCACUUGAAAAGGAUGUCCCAUCGCACCAAGAGCUCAAAUCUGUUGAGGGUGCGAGAGCCGAGUCUUCCCCACCGGUGAAGAGGAGCAUGCCUUGUUCCACUGCCAGAGUUGAGACGUCUGCCGCUGGGACGUCUGCGGCAGCUAAAGGAGGCACUCUCAACAACAAGACUCUGUUUCUCACCACGGCUGCAGCCCAAGCUGUGUUUAACUCCGGCGCCAAAGGAGUAAACAUAAUACAGGUGAAUGGCAACUUCGUACCGCAAGCCAAGCUGGUAGUCGGACAGAUGGGGGCACUGCAGGCUAUGGCACCGGCCGAGAAUCAGCAGAGUAUGGUUCCGAAGAGGAACCUGACACUCCGCGGGCAUUCUCCCUUUCUGCAGGUCAACGGUAACAUGGUGACGCACGCCAAGCUGCUAGUCGGACAGAUGGGAUCCCUGCAGGCCAUCGGACAAUCGGUUGGGACGGCUCCUUUCGUCAGCACGGUAGGGAGCCCGUCGCCUGGAACCAACUUGGCGUUCCAUGCGGCGACGCGACUGGUGACCACGCCGCUGUCCCCCGUGUCGAUUACUCUGCCCGAUGGGACUGUGGCGCUGCCCACUGCAGGCAACAAUGCCGUCACGCACCUGAUUGUGAACAAAGUGGGUACUCUGGUUGCAGGGCAGUCUUUCCCCAAGUCCAGAAAUCUCGGCCCAUCCUCCGCGACCAGCACACACGUGGCGUCUGGAGCAGCUGCUGCUGCUCCAGGGGCAUCUGGUGCUACUUUGGCAGCUGUUGUACCUGAAGCAACUGAUGGACCUGUGGCAACUGCUGGUCUUGUGGCAGCUGAUGGUCCUGUGUCAACUGGUGGUCUUGUGGCAGCCGAUUGUCCUGUGGCAAGUGGUGGUCCUGUUACAGCUAAUAGGCUUCCUAUGGCUGACCAGCCUGUUACAGACGAUGGGCCUGUGUCAGCAGAUGGUCUUCUCACAGCCUCCGGGCCAGCGGCCGCUGCUGACGUGGUUGUAGCUUGUGGGCCUGUUGCGGAUGGUGAACUUGUUGGAACCAGUGGGCCUGUGGCAGCCAGUAGAUCUUUGGCAGCUGGUAGACUUGUUGCAACUGGAGAACUUGAAGCAGCUGUUAUGUCAGCGGCAUCCGGGGAAACUACGGCAGACGAUAAGGAUUCAUCGUCGGCCACUGCUGGCUUAACCCGGGCAGUGACCACCUCGGCUUCGGCAGGAGUGCCUAUAGCGGUGCCCUUUACUUCCAGCAGCCAAGCAGUCGCCGUCAAUCUGAGUGGCGGCCUUCAACUGCCCACCGGCAUUCCCAUAGUGCGCGAAGUCUCACUGGCCGAUCCGCAGCGACUGGUGCUCAUCCCCAUGCAGCCACCGCAGGUGCGACCGCCGGCGACCCCGACGACAAAUAACCCAAUUCGCCUCCCCACACCAGCACCCAUGCUACUUCCGGGCCAGCGCAUGGUUCUGCAGCCCGUGAAGGCCUCCAGCGGGAUGCAGCUGUACCGUCACCCGAGUGGGCAGCUCGUGCAGCUGGUGCCUGUGCGCUCAACACGGCCUCGCCAUCCCGUCAGCACCACGGCGGAAGCUCCCAAGCCCCCGUCUUACACCACCCUUCGUACCGGCUUGGUGGUCCACACUCUUAACCCCACUGGCCUCGGUUUACAAAUGAGACCAACUGGAACCAUGUUGACUGUGGCACGGACUGAGGUUCCGCAGGUUGCCUCAACCACCAGAGCUUCGUUCUCGGCUCCGAAGGGUGUCGAGGUAGCCACUCUUGAAGCAUCAAAAUCGUCUUCCGUGAAAGCUGGUCAACUGCCUGCAGAUAACGUGACUAAAAGCACUGUGAUGCCAUCUAGCGAGGCGGUAUCGAAACAAACAGCGGAGAAGGUUCUGUCGGGUGGACCAAUGACGGCGCUAGAGAUGUGCUUGGUUGAGGCAACGAAAAACUUGGAGAUCAAACGCGAGAAAGAGUUGUGGAAAGAAAGGCUUCGUAAACUAGAUAUGGAAAUGAGCAAGGAAUCGAAGGUUAGUCCGGAGGAGAUUUGUCACCCUAUAAAGAUGGAAGUGAAAUUGGAAUAUCCAACUCUGAUAUCUCCUCAAGCAAUGCCUGGUGGUGAACAAACCCAAGCUGAAGGCGAUGCAGUGAAUCCCAUUGUCGCGAAGACUGCAAGUAACGAGGACGCAGAUAAGACAGAGGAAGAAGACUCGGUGAGCAAUAAGUCGGGGUCGGCAAACACCGCCGCCAGAGAAACGGCGCAGUCUAUGGACGACGAGUCGACAGAAAUGUCCAGUGAUGAAGAUUCCGAAGUGGAUGUGGAAAAUUUAUCUGAGGGGGAAGUCUCUGGUAUCAAUUACCCUGAACAAAAUAUGGACAUAGAGACUGUGGUGGACACCAAAAUGAAGGAAAAUCUUUCUUUGCUGAGAUCAAGGGUGGCACAGAAAGACGGCAUGAAUUCCCAGUGUGCACUUCAUAACCCCGAAUUUUCAAACCAGGAGUUGAGCGACAGCAGUGAUUCAGACGAUGAUAUCCUCAAGGAAGUUCGGCCAAACCGGUCGAGCCUCAUGCGCUCACUGCAGCUGGAGAAAUUGAUCGCACUCAAGUUGCUCUCGGUGCCCAUGGACGAGUUCUACGACCCCAAGGCCUCGCUGCACACGGUCAACGAGCGGCGACGGCGCUCGGAGCUGCGCGAUCUCUUUAAGAACAUCAAGAACCUUCUGGGUUUCCCAGCGCACACCAAGAUGUCCAAGUACGCCCUGCUAAAGCAGGCUCACAGUGAGAUCCAGCAUCUUCAGGAGCAGGGCGACAGGAUGAUUGCUGAGAAAAACAACCAGCUUCGACGGCGAGAUGCCCUCUUGCGGAAGUUGGUUGGGAUGACGCAGAAAAAAGAAGAUGUUAUCAUCAGAAAGUUGGAGUACAUCUGUGCCAAGCACAGAAUUAAAGAAAAGCUUAAACUGACGUCGCCAAAGGAUCACGAUGAGGACAUUAAGACGUACAUUAUACCAUGCAACCAGCCCCUGAGAGGGCGUCCACGCAAGAUAGCACCCAAGCCAUCUUCGGCUGGGUAUCGGCAACACGCGUCAAGUCAGCUGGCCAGUGAAGAUGAACCUUCGUCGCCACAAGCGCGUAUAUUGCCACCUCCUCCACCGCUGCAGUCGCAGCCCAAGCGGCAGACGAAACCCCAUUCCCAACAUGAGACGGAUUCUUCCUCUCAACCGCAGGCUCGGUAUGAGUCUCAACUGCGGCCCAGUCUCAAUGGCCGAGCGCAAACCAAGUCCGAGUUUGAGCAGCAGCCAGAGGACCAGUUGGAAAUACAACCCCAGGCUGAAUCUCAACCGGAGGCCCAGUCCAAGUCUCCGUUGCCUUCUCAGUCGGAGUCUCAACAGGAGCCAGAACUCCCAUCUCAGCUGCAGUCCCAGAUCCAAUGUGAGCCACAGCCUCAACUCGAGCCCCAGCCGGAUUCUCAUCUGCCACCUCUUAAACCCCAGCUUGAAGCGUGCGCAUCUGGGAACGAAGAUACGACAGCCACGACCGCGUGCACCCCUACCAUCCCUGCGGCUCCUCCACUCAAGUCAUCCGUGGUCUCCCAAGCGACUAAGAAGCCGUCAGUGGCCCGCAGCCGGCCUCUGAUCCUCACCCGCAAGCGCCCAUACGCGGUGGAAGCACACGAGUUGCCGUCCACGACGACAGCUGUCGCGACGUGGACCAACAUCAGCAGCAGCAGCAGCAGCAGCGCCGCCACCACCUCUUCCAGGGAAGACUCCCCCAUCCACGUGACAUCCGACGGCCUGCUGAUGACCUCCCACGGGCAGGUGCUCACGCUGAAGGGGAAGAUGUUGCCGAGCCACUCCAACGCGUCCGGCACGCAGAUCAUCAUGGCGCAGGGUGUCCUCCAGGGCAAGCCACUCGCACCCAAGGGUCACGACAAAGUGGGCGCUGGCGUACCUGGCAUUGCGUCUGUCACGAUCCGCCUGCAGUGCGUAAACGUGCCCACGUCAGGCGUGAACACCGUCACUCAGGCCCUGGAAUACAGAAACUCGUGCUCCGACACCACGUCGUCCACCGUUACUAGCACCAGCUCCAGGCCCGUCCCCAGUUUACUUUCGGGAUCUCCCGUCUGUUCACCAGCGGCGGUGGAGUUCGGUGCUAGCGUUGCCAUGGUCGACAAGGCACAGGUCUCUGAAUCGCCAGAGGGGGCUCCGGCUGAUGGAAGCUCAUGGGCGGCGGGUAAAGAGGUGCCAGACGGCAAGAGCAGUACGGACUUUAUGGAGACGACCGAGACUGCAGGGCAAGAUGAGGUGGAAGUCCCGGAUUCUGAUUUGUUCAAAAUAGUGAGCGUAACAUCGCUUGCUGUUGAACAAUCGAAUGAAUGCCGUACGAAAGGUGAUGAGGUCUCCCCCUUAAAAGAUGGCGUCGCGGACAAUGCAAGUGUUGCACGCAACGACACGCCUUGUGAAACCGUGUCUGUGGACAGCGUCGGCAGUCUCGCAUCAGCGAUGAGUCCGGACGCUGAUGACGCCCACCAGGACAAUGCGGAUAUCUCUAUGACCGAUGCCGACACUGAAGGCCCAGUACCCGUGUCCCCUACACAUUCCUACAAAGGAUCAACUGUCAACCCUUCCCCACCGAGCUCUCCAGUGCCACUCGAGCCUCUGACAUUGUCGGCCUCAACUCGUGGAGAUAACCUCAGCAAAGACCACCCAAGCAGCUGUACCCCGGCGUCCACCAGAACUCUCCCUACCAGGAAUUCCUUGCGUGCCCCCUUGUCCCACCGUCCAACGCGGCUUCCCUCCACGUUUCUGGCAUCUGGCUGUACAAACGCCGCCUCCGCCAUGGGCACCAUUCCAUGCAGUGUGAGGCUUCCCACCCUGUCACUGUCCCAGCAGGCCACGUUGGCUCUGCAGGCGGCCGCCAGGUGUUUACCCGACCCACCCAGCAAACCCACAGCCACCACGGGGCCCCCGGCAUCUCUCUCCUCCUUGCAGGUCAAGGUCUCCUCGGCCGUGCCGGCGACAGUGACAACGACCACGACUACCGUAGUGGCGGCAGAUGGAGAGGAAUCACCGGGGCCCCUAUCGCCGGGGGCCCAGGCGACGACACAUUCCUUGGGGGCGACGACGGGCAAGAAGCCUGCGUUGAGGCCCAUGCCGCAGCUGUUGCAAAUGCAACAAUCCAAGGUGCCGCGCGUGACUUCGCGCACGCCCAGGUCGCUGCCGCCGCUCUCUCGCGUCGCAAACCCACCGUCGCCACUCGGUGGUGACAAGACGCCCGGAGAGCGGAGCUGCCUCGACUGAGCGCGAGCCCUAUUAUCGCGGCGCCGUUUGAUCACGUGCGUAUCGCAGAGACUUGGGACCGGCACGCCGCCAGCAUUCUGCGGUUGGAACUGUCCACGGCGUGGGCCUUUAGUGUUCCAUGCCGAUGUCUUCACUCGCGGCUCUCUUGUAGAGCGACACAACUGGGGUGCCUUUUAUUUGUUGUGCAAGAUGAACGGCAUUGUGUCAUGGCUUCGUGCAUUGCACCUAGUUUCUACUGGUUGUCGCGCGUGUACAUAAACGUUGCGUGUGUAUAGUGAGUGAGGGUGGGCAAAGGAAGAUGCGGGUGUCUUGUAACACUGAAUUUAUUUCGUUCACUUUCAAACGUGAAAUUUCUCCUCAACUUUUUUAAAAGAAAUGCUCACGCUCGUUGAAAGUAAUUUAAGCUGUCAUGUUAGCUUUGAAAAAAAAGACAUUCGCCAAUCUAAAGGAAAAUGCUUUCUGUGUCAUUAACAUAUAUAGCAGCCAUGAGGUAAUGAAUAAUAUGAAAAAUAGUAAAAUGUGAUGCAAGGCGGGUAACAAGUAGUAGAUAUUCUGAUGAAUAUAUUUUUACAUGGCCUUUUUACAACGUGAAUCCUAUACACCAAACCGCGAUGUACUAUUUGUUCCCCUGGUUUAUGAUAGUAAAUAAUGCUUCUCAUAGCGUCAGCUUUUGAGUACACAAUAAAGUAUGAAAAACCAUUUGUGA